AUGGAACUAACAUUAUUAACGGCAGUGUGUCUAAAUCCCGUUUCUUUUCUCCAAACUAGCUGUAACGAUCCGGUCCAGCGAAUCGAGCAGUGCAUCCGCGGCUCCCUCUUCAUGUGCAGCAUUGUGCAAGGGUGCAAGAGAACAUACUUGUCUCAGAGAGACCUGCAGGCUCACAUCAACCACAGACACAUGAGAGCUGGCAAGCCAGUGGCGCGUCCUCCACUGGAACCCGUCCACCCUCCUAUCGCUCCUCCUCCGGCUGACAUCCCGGAACGGUUCAUCAUGCCGCCCGACAAGCAUCACCUGAGCCACCUCCCGCCAAAACAGCAUAUCCUGAUGCCACCCCCGCCGCCGCUCCAGCAUGUGCCCCACGAGCAUUACAACCAGCCCCACGACGACAUCCGGGCCUCCCCUGCCGAGAUGUCCAUGGCGCCGCCUCCCCCUCGCCCUGUCAACCAAGACACUUUCCGCAUCUCGACCCGGAAGCACAGCAAUCUCAUCACUGUGCCUAUCCAGGACGAUUCCAGCUCCGGCGGCCGAGAACCGCCCCCACCUGCCCCGGCCCCUUCGCACCAUCACCCCGAAUACCAGACCCAGCCCGUGGUGUCCCACCCGCAUCAUAUCAUGCCGCCCCAGCAACACUAUGCCCCUCCCCCUCCCCCUCCGCCUCCCAUCAGCCACCCCAUGCAGCAUCCUCCCCAGGGGGGCGGUACCCCUCACUUGGUUUACAGCCAAGCCCCGCCCCCUCCGAUGACCUCCGCUCCUCCCCCUAUCACCCCGCCUCCCGGACAUCUAAUUGGACAGCUUCCCCCUUACAUGAACCACCCUCCGCCUGGGCCACCGCCUCAGCACGGCGGUCCCCCGGUGAAUGUCAACGCUCCCCCUCCACACCAUUACAACCCUAACGCUCUGCCGAAAUUCAACGAAGACCAAGGAACUCUCAGCCCACCGUUCACUCAGCCAGGGGGGAUGAGCCCAGGCAUGUGGCCAGCUCCGAGGGGGCCACCGCCACCACCGCGGAUGCAAGGUCCUCCUUCUCAAGCCCCCCUUCAGGGACCGCAUCACCCCGACCAGGCCAGAUACAGGCCGUACUAUCAAUGAUAGUAGUUAACGAUUGGAACUAAAACACGAUAGAAGGAUAACGUUCUGAGCUUUUAAUGAAUCCGACCGUUUAAGGAACUCUCUUUUCUGUUUUUGCUUUGUUUAUUGGGGGGGGAAAAGUAAUGAUUUCUGACUAAGGCUCUCUGGAGAUUUAAAGCUUAAAUAAUAAUUAUUUUUUUUAUAAAAAGAAAACUUUGGUUGUAGGAUUCUUGGCAUCUGGUACCCUGUAAAGCUGAGUGGCUCCGUAGCUAACAGCAGCGUUUUAAAAACUUUGUAUCCCUCGUCGGGCUGAAUUAUCCCAGAGAUUAAAAAAAACGUUUAUAAAGGCUUCCCGAAAACACCACUUACUGUACCAUUUUAAAGUAUUUUUGUUAAACCUGAUAGUUUCGUUGUGACACUUAAUUUUUUUUUGUCAACCUGUGUAUAAUUAAAUUUAAAAUAUUGUCCAAAA